AUGGAGAAACAGGUUGACGUUGAGGUUAAUGCAUUGCAGACCCCGGUUGAAUCAAUUCGGUCGUCUGAAAGACGCAGCAAUGUGCAGAGUGGCCUAAAAAAGGUCUACCAAGAUGUCGCAUGGGCAUUCACGACUACAUCAGACGGUGUCCAAGACUGGACGCCGUUCGUUCUUGUUUUGUCGUAUUUCGUCUUCUCCACCACCAUUUACAUGAAUGCCACAUCCGGAAUCAACGAAGUUUUUUGGUUUAUUUACUUGAUGACCAACACAUACAUUGCAACAGCCACUGUUAUAGAGUCUAUUUCUGCUCUAGGAAACUUUCAAGAUGCCAAAAGAGCUGUGGACAAGGUUUCCAAGAAGAACUGGGUGUUUCCUACAGCAGAAAAUAAACUUCCAAAGCUUGACAUUAUUGUUGUAGCUUAUUUACCAAACGAGCAAGAUAUCGUCAUGGACCGUCUGAAAUACCUUCUAGAAGAGAUUGUCUACCCUCGGGACAGAUACCGAGUCAACCUGCUAUACAACACACCUUACGCCAUUCAACCUCUGGAAUCUGAACUUUUUGCCUUGGCGGAUGAAUACCCCAAAAACAUGCGGGUUGUUAAGGUGCCAGGCUCAAAAUCCAAAGCCGACAACAUCAACUACUAUUGCAACGUGAUACAGACCGAUGCCGACAUUUCGGCCAUUUUUGACUGUGACCACUACCCACACCCAUACGCCCCCAAAUGGGCAAUGGAGCAAUUUGCCAAAGACAAAGAAUUGGACAUUGUCCAGGGUCGCUGUGUGGUGCUCAAUGCUACCGACAACUUCCUUACCUCAAUGAUCGCCAUUGAAUUCGACAAAAUCUACGCAGUUUCCCACCCUGGUCGCUCUGCCAUGUUUCAUUUUGGUCUCUUCUGUGGUUCAAACGGCUACUGGCGUACCUCGCUCCUGCGAGAGUUAAAAAUGGACGACUCCAUGCUUACAGAAGAUAUUGACUCCGCUCUUCGUGCCUUUGGCCACGGAGCAAAAGCAGUACACGACAUUAACGUGACUUCCUUUGAGCUUGCACCUGUCACAUUCUCUGCAUUCUGGAAACAGCGUCUGAGAUGGUCCCAAGGGUGGAUACAGGCUAGUAUGCGCCAUGUUCACCUAGUGUGGAGUCGGUCGCGAGAGGGCAAACACCGCUCCAUGCGCCAACGUUUUGGAAUCUUCUCGUUACUAUUUGUUCGAGAAAUCAGUUACUAUCUCAUUACUCAGUAUCUCUGUCUUGUGCUGAGUGUGGUUAUAACCGAGUUCCCCAAGAGCGGCGACGAUUUGUACAAGCUCCUCUUCUUCCAAUAUCCAAUUGCCUGGUGGCUCUUCAUUUUCAGUCUCCUUGCGCUUGUUGGCACACUCUGGGUCACAUUCCACUUCCGAUCUGAAUUUUGUCGUUGGUACACAAUCCCAAUAUUUGCGGCCACAUAUCUUCCACAGCUCGUACUCACUGCGGUCAUUGGUCUCUUCGGCCAUGCACGUCAAGUGAGUAAGUACGUUAAGUGGAACCCGACUCCACGCAACUGA